AUGGAGGUUAAGGAAGAAAACGCUUUACCUUUUGAUGGUGACUGCUAUGCUAUCUUGUGUCUGGGAAAGGAACCAGUCUUCCAGCGCGACGGAACAGAGAGUGAUCAAAAUCGAAAGGAUGCGGGUGUAAAGAAGAAGUUUCCAGGAAGCGAUGGCACUGGCCCAUUCCGAAACCCAACAGCGGCCAACGUCAAGAUCCCUGGCAGUCUAUAUGUAUCUCCAGAGGAAUUUCCUUACGCAUCAACUACUCAGGGUGGUUAUCAGGCUCUCCUUUUCCCAGUAACUGAAAAGUCCCAGCAUUCUCAGGGCGGAUCAAUCAACAGCUUCUACAGAAAAUACCAAAUCCAACCGGCACAUAAAGGCCAAAAUAGCUGGUAUCAAAUUACCGGGUGGACUGGGACCCUCGGUCCCUACUGCAAGGCUCUCCGGAAUAACAACGCAAAGCCUAACAAGGAUGAUGCCAUUUGUAAACCGGGUUCCAAUGGCAAGGGCAAGUGGGGAUUUGAUGUCGGCGAAUAUGCUUAUACUUACGAUGGUCACAGCUAUCGAAAGGCUAAGGGGAGCAAAUAA